GUUUUAAUUAGUCUAUCAAGAAGAACGAAAGAAAGAAAGAAAUAUAAUGCACAAACGCGUUGGAGCCGCCACCACCAAUGGGCAUCCUGUUGUUGUCCCCAACGGUUUGUCGUCACCAAUGCCCACUCGCCAACAACAACGACGACGAAAAAAGCGUGUCAAGAGUCGCCCCAGUCAAAUAGUGGAAGAUUGGAUGGCACUGGUGUUGGGAUUUUUCAUUUUGAUUGGAUGUGCCUAUUGGAUAUUUGCCAAAAUCUGGUUGAACGCUAGUGGAAGUAGUGACAAUGUUAACUAUCAUUAUGGCAGCAACCCAGCUGACGACGAUCACACGCAACGCCAACACGACAAGGGUCGUCGACACAAAGAAGGCAAGAGUCCCAUGGCCGAUUUAAAGCCCAUUCCCAAAAACCACAUUCAUCCGUUGGAAGAAAGUCACGAUUUGGUAGGAGAUCGAUCCGAUCGCUACGCUCGAUUGCGCAAGCAUUACGACGAAUUGUUGCCCAAAGACUUUGAACGCUCCUUGACGUACGUACAACAAUUGCGAGAAAAUCAAUUAGCGUCCGACUAUAGUGUGGUACCCAUUAUUUCCCAUGAAAGUCACGGCAGUUUGCACCAGCAACGGCAUCGCAACUUUGGAAAUAAUAAUGGGGGUGAAGAAGAAGAAGCAGAAGAGGAGGAAGAAGGAGAGGAACAAAUUGAAGAAGAAAAAUCCGAAGCAGAAUUGCGCAAAGACGAAGUGUACGACAUUUACAAUUGUCCCGACGAUCCCGUUCCAGGAUACCCUUACGCGUGGCCCAUUAUGACCGUGUUGGAUAAUUGGUCUCCCGACAAUGUGGAAAUACCGGAUGUCAUUUACCAAGGACUUUGUGUAUUCGAUUAUGCCAAAGACUUUGACAAGGCCAUGAAUUAUCGAAACAAGGAAGUCCCGUUCAUCAUGCAAAAUGAUCCCGAAGUGGCCCGCACGGUGGAACGAUGGACGUAUCCCGGAUUCAUGAACGACCUCUUGAAAGGCGUGAAGCAUCGCGCCGAAUACAGUACCAACAAUCAUUUCAUGUACUCCUUGCCCGCACAGGAUGUCAAGCGACAAGCCCGCAAACACGGUCGCAUGUGGAAUAAAAUGCCCAAAGAUUGGAAACCUCCCACGGAAAUGUUGCGCAUGACAUACGAAGAGUGGCUCACAAAGGCCAACAUUACCGCACCUGCCAUUCAUCAUCCGGGAGAAGAAAAACAUAAGCCAAAACAAGAGGAAUCCAACAGUAACGAGGAAGAAGAAGUAGCGGGACCCGAUGAAGAACAUUGGUACUUUCGAUUGAUUGGAUGUGGUUUGACUGGACCUGACGGAUCUUGUGAUAAAGGAUCGUCGGAGUAUCUGUUUGAUGAAUUGCCAUAUUUCCAACCCGUCAACAAUCUGUAUUUGACCAAGGGAUCGCAACAAAAGGGAAUUCAUUGUCGGUUCGGAAUGAAAGGGGUGAUUGCUGAGAACCAUUUUGACGGGAGUCGAAAUGCCAUUGUACUGCUGGGAGGGAGUCGAAGAUACAUUCUUUCACAUCCGGAUCAAUGCGAACCGCUGUCAUUGUUUCCCAAUGGUCACCCAUCUGCGCGUCAUUCUCAGGUGGACUACACAAACCCUGAUUUGGAGAAAUUCCCACAAUUCGCCCAAGCCAAUGUUAACGAAGUGAUCUUGCAGCCAGGGGACGUUUUGUACCUUCCAACGCAUUGGUUCCAUUACAUUGUUUCACUCGAGCUGAACUUUCAAUGCAACACACGAAGUGGAAUCGGUUAUGAAUACGAAGAAGUCAUGAAUGAAUGCGGAUUCUAGAGUUGGAACGGUCCUUGAACGGGACAGCAGUCAUCAAUACGCAAAUCUCAACAAGUUUACAUUAGUUCAUUUCCUCCUCAAUUGCUGCCUUAGCCAGAAAGUAGCUUUUCACAACCAACCGCUGUGCAGAUCUGCGUUUUCCUGCAUGUAAAAUCACUGAUAUGAUGAACUCAGGCGGGGUCCAAGGCACUUCUCCUUCUUGGUAAAUCAGAUGUCGACUGUUUGAAACACAGUUGCUGUCUUCUUGCCACUUCCCUUGUUCUCCUCUCCAAGCUUCUUGUACCAUGUGAACUCGACGGCGGUGCCUGAAAUACAUGCUUGUUCGUAGGUUUCUCUUGACGAGAUCUUGUAUAAAAACGUUCGUGCAAAUUGAAGAUUCGAGUUCAAUCGUGUUUCCGAGGCGAAGCCGAGGAGCACGAUUUAACGAGGAGCUUAGGGCGAGGAUGGAGGCCAGAUCGAGGCGCGAAAGAAGGAAGGCCGAAGGCCUGGAAGAGCGACAAGAUCGCAGCCGACAUUCGAGACCGACAAGAGGCAGGGACGUCAUUUGUAUGUAAUCUGUCCAAUCCCUUUUCGAGGAGACAGUAACAGCGGCGCAGCAGAAGCACCAUGGUCGACAUUGUUGUUGUUGACCGACUUUGAGUACUGUUUACCGCUGAAACACGACUGAUGCAAAUUCCAACGACUUUUCUUUGAUCUUGAGAUUUGAACCAGUCUCUGUACAGUUUUCUCUAUAGUAAAUAAAUCCGCUGAAGGAAAGUUUCAACGUCUUUUCGAGAUUGACACUGUGUCGGUUAAGUAGUCCACUAUAAUCCACGAAAAAGAAGCUUUCCGCCUGCAGAACCACUGUUCAUAAUGCGAUUCAAAUUUUAACUAGGUAAAUGGAG